GAACAGCUAGCUAACACACUAGUGGAGUUGGUUCAUUACUGCAGUUGGUCGCAAUGGUUUUUAUUAAUGGGAUCAGAGGAAAGGUGUCUGAAAACAAAUGCACGUUCCACGUUAUUAAACCAGUCCUUCCAUAGAUCCUUUUCCUUUCACUUCCCGCAGCAUCUUUGCAAAUUUGAUUAACAAUCAUUAAGGUUUAUGGUUGUAACUUAAAAAAAGGGAAAGGAAGACUUCGGUAAACAACUGUAUUAAUAACCUUUUUAAAGAUGACUUCCAUAUAAAAUAGAACUAAUCAAAAAGCUAUUUUUUUUCCUUUCAGAUUCAAUGGAGGACCCAUCGCAUCUUUCAUUCAAUAAUGCCUCCUUCUCCCUAUGUCCCUCUGCUGCCACACUCUACUUCCUGCCCUCCAUCUACACACUCCUCUUCCUCACCGCGCUGCCGGGGAACGUGCUGUCUCUCUGGGUGUUCCUGCGCUGCAUCCCUUCCAUCUCCCCCACCCACAUUUACCUUACCCACCUGAGCAUCUCCAACCUGCUGAUGGCCGUCACCGUGCCAUUCCUCGCGGCGUACUUCGCCUGGGGCUCACACUGGACUGUAGGGGACAUCCCAUGCCAGAUAGUCCUGCACGGCAUCACCCCCGUGCUUCACAUAAACAUCUACAUCAGCCUCCUCAUCCUCACAUGGGUGGCCCUCAGCCGCUUCGCAGUCCUCAUCCGGAACACCCACGCCUCCAGGCCGAGCUCCUGCAUCACCCUGCUGCCGCACGGCUUCUUCUCCCGCCUCACGCGGGUGUCCUUCGCAAACAUCGUGUGCGGAAUGGUGUGGGCGGUGGCGGUGGGGGGCAUUGUGCCGGUGACUAUUUACUACUCGGUGAAUGAGGCUACGGAGAGUGCAGAAGACGCAGAGGAAGGUGGCUGUGAGAGCGUGUGCUACAGCCCUGUGGUGGAGCUAGGAGGCAGCGUGUCUUCCAACCUCAACAUUUUCACAAUAACUGUGUUCUUUGUUCUCUACCUGCUGGUGUUGCUCUCGUAUGUGAUCGUACUGAAGCAUGUCAGAAGCUCCCGACGCCACGCAAACAUCACCCGCUCACAGAGCAUGCUGGCACGGGUUUCCCGAAACAUCGUGAUCAUACAGGUUGUACUUUCAUUGUGUCUCCUGCCGUAUCACAUCUACAAACCCAUCUUCAUCACUCUGGCUCAUGAUCAGCCUGCCCCACUGCACUCCUCUUGUCCUGCCGUCGACACCUGCCAUCCCCUCAACAGCUUCAUCGAGAUAAAGAACUGCCUGUUUCUGCUUGCUGCUCUGAGAUCCUCAACCGACCCUGUGAUGUACUUCCUGUUGGACAGGACCUUUCGCAAACAUGCCCUCACACUUUUAAGAAGCAACAAGACGGACUUGAAUGGAAGACAAAUGGUAUGGUCUACUACAGGAAGCGCCAAUCAGAGGACAGAAAACGCCGGGGAAGCAAAUGUGACCUUUUCCGGUGAGGCGUUAAGUUGUGAGAGAAGUCAGCAGCUCCACUGCAACAAAUAAGAUGCGCCUGGACUGUGAAGGA